AUGUCAAGGUACUACACGAAGCCUCUGAGCAUUCUCGCAUCAAACAAGUUACACUUGAUACCGAAAAUGAGCGCAUUGAGACUGGUGGAAACCAUGGAGGACAUUUCAUACUGGAAGGAUAGAAGAUCAGAUUCAGCAGUAAAAUUAUUCACACACUGCAGCUCAAGACUGAUGGCACUACUGCAAGAGUUAAAAAUCUCUGAAAUGGUGAGAAUGUUACACACAUACAGUAAGGCAGGAAUCCAAGUGCAAUCGUUCAUACCAAAGAUCAGAGAAUACGUUUUAAAUGACCCAGAAAGUGAAGAGCUACUGUUCAACAACAGCUGUGUUAACGACAUGAUACUUCUGUACAAGGGGUUUGAAAAGAAUCAAGUGUUUGACUCAAGAAUACACAACUUCAUGGUUCAAAAAAUAAUAAAACAGAAGAAACACAUGGUUGAGUCUGAUGUUUGUUUAUUUCUAAGAACUCAUAAAAAUUAUUUACUGGAGAACACAAAUAGACAAGAAUAUGAAGAAACACACUCUUCAUUGGAGUCGUACCUAUUCCCAGAAUUUGUGAAUGAGAUGAUACUAAGACUACUCAAAUCAGAAAUUGAGUCAAUGGAAUUGGUGGACUCAAUGUUUAUUAGUCUCUCCAAGCACCCAGAAAUAUUUGAUGCUGAACAAAUAUUGAGUUUAAUCCGGUCCUGCUGUAAAUUGGUCCAAAGGUGUUACACAGUCAAUAACCAGGUAACAUAUCAAUCAAAUUCAACAAUAAGAGUACAAAACGUAAUUUUUAAACAGGAUAAUUCUGCUCCAAUAGAAUUUAUAAGUUCACUUUUGGGAGAAAUUGAAAGAAGGAAUGAUAUUAUGGAGUUUAGAAGCUGUAUAGAAUCCUUCUAUCAUUUAAAUGCGAUCAAUUAUUGGAAUCCAAGUCUAAUGAAGGGAAUGAUAUAUUGUAUAAUCAACAGAGUAAGCCAGAAGGAAGAUGCAGUCAAAAUACACGAAAUUAUAUCUAAAAACCAAGAAAAACUAAUUGAAGCACAUCAAAAGGCAAAUAGCGCAAGUAAGGAAGAUAGUGAGCGCAGUGAAAGGGAAUCAAUAGUAACAAGUUUGGAAGUAAAAAGAGCAGUGGAAAAAUUAAAGUCAAUAAUAAAUAAAAAUAAUGAAGUGAGAAAAAUGAAAACGAUGUACGACUCAUUUAAAAUAAAUUUGAUCUCUAAAACUAAAUGGAAGCUAUUAACAUGGCUAUACUAUAUAUUCUUUAUUAAAGCAGUGUUAUCAGUGGGAAUAAAUGGAAGAAAAGGAAAUUCAACACCCAGAAUACAAUUUUCAGCCCCUCCACUGUUAGAAAACAAAGGAAAAAGAAUAUGUUUUCUGUGUAACAAUAGUCUUAAAAGAAAUAACAUAGCAAAUGUGAAUGGAAGUUUCGGAGAGAACAGGAAUAAAGAUGAAAAACAAGAGGGAAGGCUUAAUUCGCCUGCACACAGCUUCACACAUCAUCGCAGCCAAGUACAUCAGCCAGGAUAUUGGCACUCAUACUACAAUCGCAACGACAUACAAGCAAAAGUACCGUUUCCACCGAGUAGACAACUCACGAGACAAUAUAACCCUCAGUUUCAACACACGAACAUGUACAAUAGCACCCCUUACCCAGUGAUGAAUCAAUACCAGGGCAUGGGAAUGAGUUACUAUACCACGCAAAUGACACCAGUAAUUAGACCAGUGUACCAGGCUCCAAAUAUGAGUCCAGUAACAACAAUGUAUCAGAUGCCAAUAAGAGUUAAACCACAAAUUGAACCGAGUUAUGGAGAAAAAUUGGUUUCACACAAUAUGAACGAGUUUUGGAAGAAGAAAAAGGAAAGGGACCAGGAUAGAAUUAACAGGUACUCGAGCUUCAAGUUUUACACAGACAUAGUCUGGUGGAACGACGACACCGACGAGUGGCCAGGAGUGACGAAGAUAAAGCCGGGAGAGGAAUUCGACGGAAUAAUACACUACUACUUUACGCCAUUUGACGCGCUGGUGUUGCUGGUGGACAAGAAGGUGGAGGCGUCAGUUAGCCUAUCGGACAUGCCAGAGGAGUACUCGACGGCCUCAAUGAAGGAUUUGUUUAAAAUCGAUCACCUAAUAAGGUUUAAGCUCAAGGACCCCCUGGAGUUCGACGACAAGGGAAGGCCGAAGUUGGUGCCAUGCUGCGCGUCGGAAAGGAGGCCGCAGUACACUUUUAGGUCUAAAGUAAGAGGGACGCCGAUAUUCUUCACGAACAACAUGGCAGUGUUCAAGCUGGAGGACAACCAGAACUUCGCGCAAGUUUUCUUGGUCAACACAGGAAUAUACUUGACGUUCCCAAUACAAUACAAGAUGAAGGAGUUGUUUAAGAAAGGAGAAACUGUGGAUUUAGAGGUGCUGAAAACGCCAGUGCCACCUAAGACGAGUGGAUAUUCAUGCAGAAUACCAUUGGAUUCAGAAAAGGGAAUUGAACUGGGAGGAAAGUAUAAAAUGGUAUCAGAAGUACUAACAACAGCUGGAGGACAAAGGAUGAGUGAAGAGUAUAGUAGAGAAUAUAAAGAGGACGCUUACGAUUUGAAGCAUGAACCUGUUUAUAAAACACCGAUAGAAACUGCCAAGUACUUCGUAAAUGAAUAUGAAUCCUUGCUGCCUUAUGAGUCGGAAAGUUGCACACUAAGAGAGUUCGUAAGAAGAAUACGAGGAGACUUGAAAGUAGUAAUGAGUUACAUAUCGCUUAAGAUAAGAGGAUUGGUUAAUCCGGAGACUACGAUAUCGCAAACGAUGGGAAAAAUAAUAAUAAACUUUGUAAAAAAUAAGAAGAUAUUUGAAGUGGAGAGAGAAGAAGAAGAGUUUGAAUUCAGCCAGUUCAAGGAACAAAACUGCUCGCAAGAGGAUGAUAGGAUUCCAGUGGUGGCGUUGCUAGGUGGGCCAGAAGAAGGGAAGAGCGCACUGUUUGAGAACCUAUGCGGAAAGGAGCCAGAGACAGAAUCGAACUUUAACUUCGGAAAAGUAAAACAUAAGUUCCCAAUAACGCUCUUUGACACGCCAGGAAAUGAGUUGCUGAGUCCAAUCAGAGAUAAUAUUCUGAAAGCAUCAGACAUGGCACUGAUACUGAUCUCAGCAGAAACAGGAGUGACGAAACACACGUUAGAAGCAAUAAGCAGGUGUAAAGAGAUGAAAGUGCCAUUUCUGUUCGUUCUAACAAAGCUUGAUGAGUCGUCCCAGGAGAACAUAGAAAGCGUAAUAUCGAAGUUGGCAAGUGCAGGAAUAAACCUGGAGCAGAUAGGAGGAGAGUAUCAAAUGAUCUCAUUUUCAACAUUGGAAGACUCAGAAACAAACAGGGAGACGCUGAUGGAAGCAAUCAUACUGCAAUCGUCAAUAUCAGAAAGGAGGAAGUCAGAGAGCGACGGGAACGCAAAGGCACAUGGAUACGUGCUGGACUCAGGAAAAAGUAAAAAUCAGGGCUUCUACUCACUAUUAUUGGUAAACAAGGGGACACUAAAGAAGGGGGACAAUCUGGUCAACGGAGUGGCAAGUGUGAAGAUAAAGUCAAUAAGGAACGGCGAAGGGGAACUCAUGAAAGAAUUGACGCAAUCGGAGUGCGGAUACGUCUACGGGUUCGAUAAGGAGACAACAGCAGAGCCAGGAAGUACGUUCCAAGCAUACGGAACGGAAGACGAGUCGGACACGAUGACAGAGAACGAGGAGAACGAUAGCGUCAAGUACGUGCCAGCGCUAGUGAGAAGUGACGUAAAAGCGAUGGCGGAGGCAAUAAAAGUAGCAGUAGAAAAACUCAAGUGCAUAGGAGUCAGCAGAACAUGUAAAUACAAGGUGCUGGAAGCGAACAUAGGGAACUUGAAGCAGGACGAUGUGGGAGUACUGGAAGGGAAUGGGCUGGUGGUAGCAUGUAACUCGCCCAUAUCGAACACACUCGAGACAAAACUUGGAAAACAAGGCAUCAAGGUGGUAACUGGAGACAAUAUAGUGGAUAUUGUGAAGAAGGUGGAGGAAGAGUUGCCGGAGUACCUGGGAGAAAAGAAGCUGGGAAGACUGGUGGGAACAGCCAAAAUACUUAAACUGUUCGAAGCAUCAAAGAAGAGAAAAGCGGCAGGAUGUGUGGUGACCUUUGGAAGGCUGGAGCCGAGCUACGAUUUCAGAGUCAUGAGGGGCGAUAAAUUUCUAUACUACGGGAAAAUAUCCUCACUGAGAAGAACCACGGAGGAAGCUUCAGAAAUACUCGAAACUGAGUCUUGUGGGAUCACAUUCCAGGAUUUUAACGACUUUAAAGUGGGAGAUGUGAUCGAAGCAUAUGUAGAUUAA